AUGUUUGAAGUUAUCACUCACAUUGAACAUUUACCAAAUGAAUUAUGGUUUGAAUGUUUUGAAUAUCUUGAUGGUUAUGAUAUUCUCAUGUCAUUUCGUAAUUUAAAUCGACGAAUCAAUGAUAUUAUCAAUAGUACUCAACUUCGUAUCAAUUUAUCAAUUUUAUCCAAAUCAAUGUUUGAUCGUCUUUUAAAUCGAUUUAUUCCAUACAUAUCAAAAACGAAAAAUGAUGAGAGAAAAGUAAAAAAGAGAAAAAAAAUCCGAGAGAUCGUGAAAUAG